AUGGCUAAGGUUGGUAACCAAGGUUUGGGUGAAGAAUAUAUCCACUUGCAGUCGAAUAGAAUUUCACAUCCCGUAGUGUCAGAAUUGCGUCAGUCUCAUUUGAUCACGUUUUCAACCAUAUUUCAACAUUUAAUUUCCGUCUACAAAGAAGUUAUGGCAAAAAACAAAGACAUUAAACCUGAUGAAUCUGAACAACCUGAAAGGUAAAGUUAACAACAUUGUACAGCUAAUUUGUGCAUUUAAAUAUUUCUUUCUUGUGGAAAUUGUUGAUCCUUGCGUCUAUUUAUUUUCUGUCAAUUGUAUCACCAGGGAAGAUGCAUAUUCCACGUUGUCACCAUUUGCCUAUGAAAGACAACCAAGGCUAUGACCCUCCCUGUACUAUCAACAGUUCAUGAGUAUGCCACGGCAAUACUAUGUCCCACCAAUGAUGUCCCCAAUGCAGAUGAUGGCACCAUUCACUCAUUUGCCUGCUCAUGUGGUUCAGUCAGUUCAGGCUUCACAGUCUUCGCAUCUGCCUACAUCAAGUCAAGAAAACGGAGCGCAAAGGAAAAAUAAUUGAUGGACUGACACUGAAGAAAAGAUUCUAAUUGAACUGUUUGGCAAGAACGAGGAGAAACUUCGCUACUGGUCAUUCAAUUCCCUGGAAUGGCAGUCUAUUGCCAGGCAACUACAAGAAAGAUGCAGACAAGAGAACAUCAAGAGCGAGAAAUCUGCCCAGCAGUGCAAAAAUAAAAUGGCAAACCUGACCAAGAAAUACAAGACUGUCAAAGACAAGCUUAGAACAACUGGGUAUGGAAAAGGGGGAGACAAUGAAGACAAGGAAACCGAGAGUGAAACUGAGCUGAUACCAAAGAAUUUUAAUGAUAUAGAUAACAUUUUAUGCAAAUGAGAAGUGGUUAAUCCUAAACAUGUGCUAGAAAGCAGCUUGUACAUCACCAGUUCCCCAGAAAUUGAUAAAGAUUUGCUGGACAAGGAGGCCUUGGAUGAGGAGAUUUUGGUGGCUGCUCGUGCCCAAAAGGAGAGGGAUACGCCUGGCACGUCUGGUAAAAGCACAUAUAGUGCUGAUGGCUUUGAAGAAGACGACAAAGUAGCAGCAUUCGCAAAAUCACUGUUCUUCAAGAACAAAAGCAGAAAAUGGAAGGGCACAAGCACAAUAAUGCCCAAUCCAAAGAGUCACGCAGGAAAAAAACUGGUGAAAAAGAAUUCCAGAAAGAAGGCCAAAGGAGGAGCAGGUGCAAAGGAACAAGGCACAGUUCUUUCAUUCCUUGAGAGGGCACAAGAAAAGGAUGAGGCUUUUAUGGAGAGGGUGGCCAAGGCAGAGAGAGAAAGCAGACAACAACAGCAAAAAUUCUCAAUGGAUGCAUUGGUGAUGUUAGGAAAUAUUCCAAAGGAUGUCACCAAAGGAAAAGAAUAA